GUUACGCGACGAGAAGCAUCGCCGACAUCCGUUCGGACCUUGGAGGGUUACGCUUACCCAAAACUUAUUUUCAAAUGGGCCCCGUCGCCUAGCGUUUACCCCCCCAGCCUCGGCGACUGAGUUGAAUUGGGUGCUGCGGAAGAUCGAGCACGUUUGGUCCCGUAAAAAGGUUUCCAUCAAGUACAGUAACCAACUACAGUAUAAUGGCAUCCAUUCCAGCAGGUGGUUCCCUCGUGGCGACCAACGACUACUACCGAAGGCGCAUUGGUUCUACAUCCAGUAGCAGCUCUUGUGGCAGUUCGGAGUACACAGGAGAGGUCAUCCCUCAUCAUCCCGGACUUCCCAAGCAGGACUCUGGACAUUGGUGGUCCAGUUUCUUCUUUGGGAAGCAGCCAGGGAUGACCCCUCUGACCGAGGAGGCACAACAGAAGGCGGGGGUCCAAGGAACAGUGACAAAUGGUCAGAUCACCUGCGUUGCCCAGGAGAUGGUGAUGCAACGCCAGGUGAAUGAGAGCAGUGACUCAGGAAGCCCCACCUCUUCCUGAUCCUGCAGUCUCGCCCUGAUCCAAGCCGUACCUCAGAGGGGGGGAGGGUGGAACCAACGACCAACGCUAGGUGACGGGGCAAUGUCCCGUUCACAACCUUAGUUGUUUUUUUUUUUUUUAAUUAUAUGUUGUAGUUCUAGGGCUGCCUUACAUGGAUUAGUUUAUGUAACGUGUUUUUUUUACUAUUUUUUUUUUUAUUGACAACCAAGAAAAAAAUGCAAUUUUCAAAUAAAGUACAAAAAACAUGCUUGUGAUGCAACUGAUACACUUGUUUUUGAAUAUUUGUACCGUGUUUGUAUACUGUAUUGCAUAGACACCCCGUGGUGCAUUCACAUCAACAUGCCUUUGUUAAACACUUUUGUCACCCUGUGAUUGCGAAUGCAAUAAAGACUCUUGCAGCCGAA